AUGGCGGAAGCCGAACUGCGUGAUAUGUUGCGCGCAGACCCGAUGUUUGGUCGAGCCCGUGCUGUCGACACCAGCUCCCGACAACGUUCGCGAGAUAGUGCAGCAGCCAGCACUCGCUCAUGGGUUAUAAUGAACGCAAAUAGUCCGCCUCCGCCUCCGCCCCCUGGCCCGCUACCUCUUCCAGAACCCGUCCCAUCGUUGGCCCCUUCUCGACCACUUCCUAUGCCUCCGCGAAGGACAGCAAGCGCAUUGACAGAAGCGAAUGUGGAGCAUAUGCAGGUUGAGGUACCUUCGCCAGAGAUGGGAUACCAGUGGACAACUGGGAAGGUUUACAAAGCGAAAGAAGCCCAUGCCAAUCGAACGGGGUUUGUUGGCGGAUUUGUCAGUGGCUUAAAAAAGCUUCCGAAAGCUCUGGGGAGAAGACGACCUCGGAGAGGGACAGAAGCGACAGAGUUUACCUCCGGAACAGAAGGAACGGGUAACACUUUGCCGCAAUAUCGUUCUGUACCUCCAACACCGGUUGUUCCGGAUCGCGGAGUAUCUUUCGCUGCACCGUUGGCUAGAAAAUCAGCACCGACAGAGCAGUAUCGGCCAAGUUUCAUUCUUGUCCCGCCAGAAGACGACGAAGAACAUCAACUGGAGGUCGAUUCUGGUGUUGUUCUCGCUGCCCAUGACGCAGCUAUGCCGGGUGGAUUCGAUUCUGCAGAAGGCCCGUCUACGCGUGUUCGGCCACCAACCCCUGCUCCAGCAAUAGCUCGCACUCGCUCCCACACUUCUGCGCCAUCUCCUCGCCCCAGUCGUGUGGAUGAUCGUUUGGCUCCAGCUGAACGAGAGGGUGACGAACCCGUCUCCGUAAAUGCGCAUCCUCAACCAACAGAAGAUUAUCGCCGCAUGUCAGCCCAUGACGUAGCAAUCUCAAGGCAGCACAGUCAGCGCAGUCGGACCACGGUUGACGAGUCGUUUUCUCAUUCAAUGAGCUCGCCCUCGUUUGCUCAAGAAUUGCAUGGCCCAAUAUACCGAUUUUUCAAUGCACUUCAUCUACUUCCCUGGGUGGCAACAGACCGUAUCACAGCGGACUGGAAACCCCCCAAGCGCAAGCCAAGGCUAGAAAACGAGGGUGUUUCUUGGUAUUAUCCUAUGGGACAUGCCCCGCCUUCCACUCGUGACAGCUCGCUAUUCGAUUCCACCCAUACUGCGUUGCACAACUCAGAACGCGGCCGACGAUCUGGCGAAACCCGUGAAAUAGGUCGAGAUGUGCACAUUCGACGACAUCGAAGUCACCGUCCCCGUUCCACUCCAGUUGAUCGGAUACAGACUCAUUACACCUAUGCUUAUGCCCCGUAUCCUGCUUUCUCCCCGCCUCCACCUGCUCCUCCACUUUCGCGGCAUAGCCCACAACGAUCUCCGCCACCACAGACCAAUGGCCCAGGCACAUUAACAUCCCAGCCAGCGAUUCGGCGAAGACACCGCCGCAGACCCAGUACUAGUGCAACUACUCCGCCAUAUCACCACCACCGACCUCGUCAGCAUAGAGAGGAGCCUGUGGGCUCUACAUAUGUUGCUCACUGGGGCCACAUGCCGGUUCCAUUACCGGUCCAGAUGCAAAUGUCACCCCAAAUUCUUCCAAGCGCAGCGCCACUCUAUAUCAUCCAGGCAACGCCUAUUGGCUCACCUGCACUGAGCGACGCAAGUGCUGGUGGGAUUCCCGGAGUGAGCGAUGCAGGUGGAACUGCUGGUUCAGAUGGUGCAAAUGGCGGUCAACACAAUAACUCAGGAGCAAGUCCAACUCCUGCCCCACAGAUGGUGCAGAUGCUGGCCCCGGUUUAUAUGCAAAUGCCUAUGAAUACUAGCCCUAAUACACGCCCAGCGAGUCCUCGCCAGCAGCAUUAUACAGCUUAUGGGUAUGGAUAUGGAUAUGGGUCGCCCGUGAUGCAAAUGCAGAUGGCGACGCCGGUUUCAAUGCCAGGCACAUGA